CGGUUUGAUGAAAGUAGGGCAGUGAACAGCCGCACCAUUUCACUUCAUAUGAUGGUACUGCCAAAGAGAUGUGUUAAGUUGAACAGAUCAAUGCAAAACCAGCACAGAGUUUAAUGUAGAUGACGCUGCUACUAGUGGACGUUCCACCCUGUCCACUGCUCCAGUUGGUCCUGCUACUAGUGGACGUUCCACCCUGUCCACUGCUCCAGUUGGACCUGCUACUAGUGGACGUUCCACCCUGUCCACUGCUCCAGUUGGUCCUGCUACUAGUGGACGUGCCACCCUGUCCACUGCUCCAGUUGGACCUGCUACUAGUGGACGUGCCACCCUGUCUACUGCUCCAGUUGGUUGUGCUACUAGUGGACCUUCCACUCUGUCCACUGCUCCAGACGGCGCUGCUACUAGUGGACAUUCCACCUUGUCCACUGCUCCAGAUGGCGCUGCUACUAGAAGACGUUCCACCCUGUCCACUGCUUCGGUUGGUCCUGCUACUAGUGGACGUUCCACCCUGUCCACUGCUUCAGAUGGCGCUGCUACUAGUGGACGUUCCACCUUGUCCACUGCUCCAGAUGGCGCUGCUACUAGAAGACGUUCCACCCUGUCCACUGCUUCGGUUGGUCCUGCUACUAGUGGACGUUCCACCCUGUCCACUGCUUCAGAUGGCGGCGCUGCUACUAGUGGACGUUCCACCCUGUCCACUGCUCCAGUUGGUCCUGCUACUAGUGGACGUUCCACCCUGUCCACUGCUCCAGAUGGCGCUGCUACUAGUGGACGUGCCACCUUGUCCACUGCUCCAGUUGGUCCUGCUACUAGUGGAAGUUCCACCCUGUCCACUGCUUCAGUUGGUCCUGCUACUAGUCGACCUUCCACGCUGUACACUGCACCAGUUGGUCCUGCUACUAGUUAGAUUCACCUGCUUUGCAACAGUUGGUCUUCCUUCCAACGGUCCGGAUGGAUGUAAUGAUGCAAGACUUUACGAAGAAUGCGAGCAACGCUGUUCAUAUGAACGGAGACUGGUCUCUGGAGUGGACUCCUAUGUGACAGACAAUAAGCCACCUCGAGAAUCAUUAGUUGCAAUACUACAGCGACUCAAAUGCAGUUUUGAAGAGGAUGAUAAAAUUCAACUCACAGUUGAACGUGACCAGGCUUUGGACACUAUGCUGGAUAUCAUCAUGAAAGCGAUAUUCACACCGAGCACACUCAUUGGAAUUACUUUCCGAGGAGAGGACGGUGUUGACGCAGGAGCAUUACGGUCUUCAUUUUCUGAAGUGGUAAAAUCUCAACUAGGAAUUUACCAGUGUUCAUUGAACAACCAGAUGGCCUGCAUCUGCAGCUAA